GUGUUCAAAGGGUUAAUUUUUUCCGCCGCCGACAUUUUUAUGAACAGCACGCACUGUGCUGCACACAUUAAAGAUGAUUUCGCACUGGUUUGGAUCUUGCUUCGAAGACUUAUCACUGUUAUACGAUAGCUAUAUGUCUUAAGUGGAACUUGAAAUUCAUUUCAAACCCCACUCUGCGCGUAAACAUGCUCCUUUAGCUAACAUGCUAGCACCUUCUUUUGUAUUGGCAGUCAACCCAGGCUGUCCUGCAGCUGCAAAGUGCAUCUGUGGGAUCCCACGGUGUCAACAAACAGAAGAUUCAGUAGACUGAAGUGGCCCAUCUAUCGUGCUGGCUCCUGUCAAUAACCCAACCAUGUCUGUCCGGGAGUCCUUCAACCCCGAGAGCUAUGAAUUGGACAAGAGCUUCAGACUAACCCGUUACACAGAACUCAAAGGCACUGGGUGCAAAGUUCCACAGGAUGUGCUUCAGAAACUUCUUGAAUCUUUACAAGAAAACCACUAUCAGGAAGAUGAGCAAUUCCUUGGUGCUGUUAUGCCCAGAUUAGGUGUGGGCAUGGACACCUGUGUGAUACCACUCAGGCAUGGCGGCCUAUCACUUGUCCAAACAACAGAUUACAUCUAUCCUAUUGUAGACGACCCCUAUAUGAUGGGGAGAAUCGCGUGUGCCAAUGUUUUAAGUGAUUUAUAUGCCAUGGGUGUAACGGAAUGUGACAACAUGCUGAUGCUUCUGGCGGUCAGCAACAAACUGUCUGACAAGGAAAGGGACAAGGUGAUGCCGCUGAUCAUCCAGGGCUUCAAGGAGGCGGCGGAGGAAGCGGGCACCUCCGUGACGGGCGGCCAGACGGUGGUCAACCCCUGGGUAGUCCUGGGCGGAGUGGCGACCACCGUGUGCCAACCUAACGAGUUCAUCAUGCCAGACAAUGCAGUGCCUGGAGACGUGCUGGUCCUCACCAAGCCUUUGGGGACCCAAGUAGCGGUGGCAGUUCACCAGUGGUUGGAUAUUCCGGAUAAGUGGAAUAAGAUCAAGCUCGUGGUGACCCAAGAGGAUGUGGAGCUGGCCUACCAGGAAGCCAUGGUGAACAUGGCCAGACUCAACAGAACAGCUGCUGGCCUCAUGCACACGUUCAACGCCCACGCUGCCACCGACAUCACAGGCUUUGGCAUCCUGGGCCACGCCCAGACGCUGGCGCGACAACAGCGGAGCGAGGUGUCCUUCGUCAUCCACAACCUACCUGUGCUCGCCAAGAUGGCUGCCGUCAGCAAAGCCUGCGGAAACAUGUUCGGCCUCAUGCACGGCACCUGCCCCGAGACCUCAGGAGGCCUCCUGAUCUGCCUGCCCCGUGAGCAGGCGGCCCGCUUCUGCGCCGAGAUCAAGUCCCCCAAGUACGGCGAGGGCCACCAGGCCUGGAUCAUCGGCAUCGUGGAGAAGGGCAACCGCACGGCACGCAUCAUCGACAAGCCGCGGAUCAUCGAGGUCGCACCGCAGAACGCCACUCAGAACGUCAACACCACGCCUGGCACAACAUCCUAAUCCCGGAGCCCUCCCCCCACAUCCACCUCCCCUUCUCCCUUUCCAGCCCAGCCCCCUUGCACCUCCACCUCCACCACCACCUCACUAUCUACCUACCGGCCGCAGUACAGGAUUCCCACAUGGCAUCACGUUCUAGAACCAGUUGGGGUGAAUGGAGUUGUUGAACACACGCACAGCGAAACAACAGCAAGUCUUUCCUUGAUUUAUAGGAGUGCAAAGCUUGUCUGCUUAGGUAGCAGGGCGUUAGGGUAGACUGUACAUAGACAAAGUGAAAAAAAACAAAAAACAAUAACAGAUGUGUAAUUCAUGUGAAAGAAAAGAAGACAAAAAAUGGACCCAAUCUCAAUUGCCGCCUUCCGUGUGUCUUGUUUUUGUUAUCCAAUCCAACUGUCGGACAUCUUAAAGAGUUAAUCAGGCUGGCAUGUCCACUCUCCAGCGGUGUGAUGCUGUUGUUGAUUCCAUCUGAAUCAGCAUCUGAUUUCAUUUCCUUUGGGGUCCUUAAUUCAGAUGUGCUUUCUCUUGCUACAUGCUAUGCUAAUUCAGAAUUAGUACCUAGAGUUUUCAAGUUUCUCCCCUCCCCUUCACUGAGUGAAAUGUCUAGUUCUUUUGUAGUGUAAUAUAAGUUCUAUCAGAGGCCUUUGGAAAGAAUGUAAAGGAUGAAAAAGAAGUCAUGUCACUGAUGUAUAGAAGGAGGAGGAGGAGACACAGGACGUGAUUUGUUUUUUAACAUGUUAAACUUUUGUUAUAUUUUUUUUCUUGAUCAUAUAUAUUUUUUUGUAUUGAACACUUUCCUCAAAUUGCUAUUUGACCACAUGAAAAACAAAUCCUCUUUGACACCCCUGACUGCUGGACAAAAAAGACUGAAUGAAGCGAAAACUAUACCUCAUUCUGCUCAAAAGUUGACCCUCACCCCAUCACAUAAUUAUGUCUCUUGAGUGAUCUGGUUUCCCAGUAAGCGAUGAAGGGAAGUGCAGUGCACUCGCAUGGUUUAAGGAUCCGUUUACUGCGAAUGUGGUUUCCGGAGGAGAUGCUGUCUUUCUUUCGCUCGCUCUCUUUCUCUAACAGACGUGGGAAAAGGUUGACUUUACGAAGUAAUUGUUUGGCGGAUUUGUUGUGUGGUUGUCAGUUAUCGGUUUUAUAAUUCUCAGUAAUCCCUUUUCUUGUUUGUCUCUCCCUCUCUAUCUCUCUGCUUUCUCUGUUUCUGUCUGUGUUCUCUUUCAGCCUCUUACUGGCACUAUACAAUGCUUUCUAUUAUAAGAAAAUCAGACACCCCCAUCCCUUGCCCUUCAAUAAAAUUUAAACCUUUUUUUAAAACCCA